AUGCGCGGAGCGCGGGGCGGUGCAGCGCCGGCCAAUAGCGGCGCGGCGCGCGCCGAUGACGCGCUGGAGCGCGACGCGCGGCGCGGCGGGGCCGGCAUGUGGCGGCCGCUGGCCGCGCUCGCCGCCCGCGGCGCCACCGGAGGCACCGGCGGGCGCGGCGGGCCCGGGGACGCGGCCCGCGGCACCGGGAGAGGAACCGGGAGCGGCGGCUCCGGGAGCGGCGGCUCCGGGCGCGGCCGCUGGGGAGGUUCCCGCGGCCGGUGCGGGCUGGGAGCGCCGCGGGGCGCCCUGAUGGCCGCGGUCGGUGCCGGGGCCUUCGUGUGGGACGGGCAGCGCAUCGAGGAGGAGGAGCUGAGGCGGUCGGCGCAGGCGCUGCAGCAGCUCGAGGAUCCCGCGGCGUUCCCGGAGCAGGAGCGGGGCUGGGAGCCGGUGAUGCAGCGGGAGCGGUUCCGCCUCUGGCGCCGCCCCAUCCCCGGCUCGGCGCUGUUCCAGUACCGAGUUUUCGGCUCCUACACCGACGUCACUCCCAGGCAAUUCUUCAACGUCCAGCUGGACACCGAGUACCGCAAGCAGUGGGAUUCGCUGGUGCUGAAGCUCGACGUGGUGGAGCGAGACCCGGCCACGGGCUCGGAGGUGAUCCACUGGGUGACGCAGUUCCCGUACCCGAUGUACUCCCGGGAUUACGUUUACGUCCGGCGCUACAGCGUCGACAGCGACCGCAACCUCAUGGUGCUCGUCUCCAGGGCCGUGGAGCAUCCCGGGAUUCCCGAGGACCCCGAGCACGUCCGGGUUCGGAGCUACGAAUCCCACAUGGUGAUCCGGCCCCACCGCGGCUUCGACGAGAACGGCUUCGAUUACCUGCUGACCUACAGCGACAACCCCCAGACCGUGUUCCCGCGCUACUGCCUCAGCUGGAUGGUGUCCAGCGGGAUGCCCGAGUUCCUGGAGAAGCUGCACUCGGCGGCGCUGAAGGCCAAGAAGAUGGAGCUGGAGCUGAGGGAUUACCUGAGCCCGGCCAAGGGCCCCGAGCCCCGCGGGGCCGCCCAGCACCUGGAGUACGCCUGAGGGAACGGCCGGAAAACAGCUGGAAAACAUCUGGAAAAUGGUGGGAAAACAUCUAGAAAACGGCGGG